AUGUGCCUUAGAUUAUUUGCAGUGUUAAACGGUGCUCCAGGGUAUCUGAACAUUCUGGAAGCGCUAAAUUCAUGGCAGCUUGUUAAAGAGCUGCGAAAUGCAACGGGAUUACCAGCAGCAACAUCAUUCAAACAUGUCACACCAGCUGGUGCGGCAAUUGGGACACCACUGACAGCUGCUGAAUCGAGAAGCUACAUGGUAUCGGAUUUAGCCAUAAGUGCCAAACAACCAACAUUGGCUGCUGCAUGUGCGAGGGCUAAAGGUCAAUUUUAUAAUUCUCAGCGGUGGCACACUCAGGUUUUAUUUGAAGGGAAUUAA